UCUGCCCCACCUUCCUUUAUUCUUAAGGAACUGUUGUUUUAGUGGAUGAGUUACCUGCCCGCAUAGCAGAAAACGGGCGUCGAAGGGGAGUUUGUUUUCAUUCUAAAGGUAUUCAGGCUGGGAGUGAUUGUAGUCCUGCCCUCCUCUGGCUGUCUCUGCCACUGGAAACUUAACAAACAGCGUGGUAUACUUACUGAAGGAUCCUUAGGGCCUGCAGUGUGCAUUCGAGUAAAAGAGGCCGUUUCGCCCUGUCCAAGCCAGCCGUAGUGCCUGGUACCCAUGUUCCCUCUGCCGAGGUGGGCGGAGAUAAGCAACCUUGCACAGGCUCUCUGACCGGGACUUUGAAUAUGUCGGGGAUCGCCCUCAGCCGCCUUGCGCAGGAAAGGAAAGCCUGGAGGAAGGACCACCCUUUUGGCUUUGUGGCUGUCCCAACAAAGAACCCUGAUGGCACAAUGAACCUGAUGAACUGGGAGUGCGCUAUCCCUGGAAAGAAGGGGACUCCAUGGGAAGGAGGUUUGUUCAAGCUACGGAUGCUUUUCAAAGAUGACUAUCCGUCUUCACCACCAAAAUGUAAAUUUGAGCCCCCACUGUUUCAUCCAAAUGUGUAUCCUUCUGGCACAGUGUGCCUGUCCAUCCUGGAGGAAGACAAGGACUGGAGGCCAGCCAUCACCAUCAAACAGAUCUUAUUAGGAAUACAAGAACUUCUAAAUGAACCAAAUAUUCAAGACCCAGCUCAAGCAGAGGCCUACACAAUUUACUGCCAAAACAGAGUGGAAUAUGAGAAAAGGGUUCGAGCACAAGCGAAGAAGUUUGCCCCCUCAUAAGCAGCGGCCCUGGGCUCCAUGACGAGGAAGGGGGAUUGGCUUGGCAAGAACUUGUUUACAACCUUUUGCAGAUCUAAGUCGCUCCAUACAGUUACUAGUCUCCUGGGAGGGUUGAGCGGGCGCCAUUUUCCAUUUCCGCCACUGGCAUAUUCAGUCUUUUGUAUUUUUGAUUAUUAAGUAAAACUUGCUUUUAUUUUAAUAUUGAUGUCAGUAUUUCAACUGCUGUAAAGUGAUAAACUUUUGUACUUGGUAAGCCCCUAGCAGCUAGAUUCUUUGCGUCNCGCUNGGAUGCAGNCAUGCUUCCCACUGUUCAGAGCUCUGGCCUCCAGCUGGCUGUAUGACAGAACUACACUGUCCCUUCUUCCCUCCCCUCGUCCUUCUCAGAAACCUGGGCUGUUGCUUAUGAGCCUCAGAUCCAAAGUUGGCCAGCAUUUCCAUCCUGCACCACUUCCUUUGUGUUUAUAUGGCGUUUCGUCUGUGUUGCUGUUUAGAGUAAAUAAACUGUUUAUAUAAAGGUUUUUGUUGCAUUAUCAUCAUUAAAAUGUGAGGAGGUACCUCAGUACAUCUGGCCCUCCUCACAUGGCUGCAGUCCUUGCCAGGCACCAAGGCUGAGCCCCAGGACCAGCACCUAGGAGGUCUCACAGCUUCUGCUAGGAUAUGUCCAGGCCCCAUGCAGCUCCAUCUUCAUCUGGUUCUUUGUAAAUAGGACUGUGUACAGAGAUGAGUUCUGUUCUCCCCACCUGGAUCUCUGGGCCUUAAGGUACCAGGCAGCGUUGAGAGCCUCAGGAAGUUGGAAUCUGCAUCCAGCCUUCGUAAACCCAGCGAGGUGACAGACUGGCUGAUCCAGACCAAGGCUGAGAGCCAAGGACAAACUGGCCUGCAUUGCUCUCCCUGCCUGUUAGCUGUCCAGUGGGCCCCACUGUGACCUGAAUGGUAGCUUCAGGCCUUUUGAUGCCCUCCCUACCCUUGUACCUGGAAGAGGCAGCUCUGCCCCCUGCCCAGGCCAACUCGGGUCCUCUCAAGCACCUGAGCACGCAGCUCCUGCACCUCCUGGCCUGCAUUCAACUGCCCUACAGCCCAGGAGACAGCCUGGUAUGGCCUCGGCACAGGAUGACCUCAGGUACUACUGUCCACAUACUCUGCUUGCUGGAGCUGGUCCGGGUGAAGCUGCUCUUAGCAGUGGCGUGGCUGGGCUGGGCUGGGUCUGUGAUCUUAGGGCUUACAGAACACAGGGAGGUGCAGUGGACAUAGGUGCAGGGAUCAGUCUCCAUCAGACUUGUUCCUGAGGCCCCUGGAAGACCCCUGACAUGGGAACCAAGCACCAGUGGCUCAAGUUCAGGGACCAAUCAAGGGGUGGCCAGGUCUGCAGCCAGGAGUCUUCACUCUGGAAUUGGAGGGGCUUGUGCUCACACAGCUGGGUUGCCAGUGCUUUGUGGGUAAAGUCGGGAGCUGAGUUUGGAUGAACAGUUGCAGCACAAGGUCUCACCUGGGGAGUUCAGGCUGGUGUGUGUGUGUAGCCUGCUCUCAGAAUGUCUUAUUUUGUAACAACUGACUACAUUUAGUAAUAGGUACACAUGUAUAUGGUUAAUAUAUGGAAAUUCAAUAUAUUUUAUAGUUAAAGUAUUCUAAAGUAACUGAUGUUUCUAGCAAACUGUAGUGACUCCAGCUAUGAAGUGUUCUUUUUGUACCACAGUCCAUGAAUUACCAGAGAUGUGAAAUCUUGUAACAUAAGAAUGUGGUCUGUGACCAUCCUGUGUUAAGAGGGUGGGGUGGAGGGUCUCCCAGCAUGAAGCCUCAUUGGUAAGGAAUUGUGGGCAACAGAUUAACCACUGUAUGUACAAAUGUUCUAAUUAAAACCUUUCCACAAACUGCA